CCCGGCCAAUCAGAUUCCGUUUUGUUCAGCGUUUGUCCAAUAGCCUGUGAGCUUGUAAGGCUACGACAGAGAGCAACAAGAAGUUUCCAAAAUGGGGCUGGAAAGUACUAUGGUCUGUGUGGACAACAGUGAAUACAUGAGAAAUGGAGACUUUCUACCAACGAGGCUACAGGCUCAACAGGAUGCUGUCAACAUUGUUUGCCACUCAAAAACAAGAAGCAAUCCGGAAAACAAUGUGGGCCUCAUCACAAUGGCAAAUAACGCGGAGGUCCUGACAACACUGACUCCAGAUUCUGGCCGCAUCUUGUCCAAACUCCACGCUAUCCAGCCCAAAGGAAACAUCUGCUUCUGCGUGGGCAUCCGAGUGGCUCAUUUGGCCCUGAAACACAGACAAGGAAAAAACCACAAGAUGAGGAUCAUUGCCUUUGUUGGGAGUCCUGUGGAGGAUAAUGAAAAAGAACUUGUCAAGUUGGCAAAGCGCUUGAAAAAAGAGAAAGUGAAUGUGGAUAUUAUCAACUUUGGAGAGGAGGAGCUGAACACAGAGAAGCUGACUGCUUUCAUCAACACUCUGAAUGGGAAGGAGGGGACCGGCUCCCACCUGGUCACCGUCCCUCCGGGGCCCAGCCUGGCUGAUGCGCUGCUCUCUUCUCCCAUCCUGGCCGGGGAAGGAGGCUCCAUGAUGGGUCUUGGUGCCAGUGACUUUGAGUUUGGUGUGGAUCCCAGUGCUGAUCCAGAACUCGCCCUGGCACUGCGUGUCUCAAUGGAGGAGCAGCGCCAGAGGCAGGAGGAGGAGGCCCGCAGAGUUGCUGCUGCUUCUGCCACUGAGGCAGGCGUGCCCACACCCAGUGCAGAUGAAUCAGAGGAGGCUUUAUUGAAGAUGUCAGUGUCUCAGCCUGAGAGCGGUGCAGCCGUGCUUCCUGACUUCAGCAGCAUGACAGAGGAGGAGCAGAUAGCCUACGCCAUGCAGAUGUCUCUUGCUGGAGGAGAGUAUGGAGAAAUGGACACAGGGGCCCCAAUGGACACUGCAGAAUCAGCCAAGGAGGAAGACGACUAUGAUGUGAUGCAAGACCCGGAGUUCCUUCAGAGCGUCCUGGAGAACCUGCCUGGUGUCGACCCCAACAACGAGGCCAUCCGCAACGCCAUGGGCUCUCUGGCUUCCCAGACUGGAAACAAGCCAGAAGGCAAAAAGGAUGAAGAGAAAAAGAAGUGAGGAACAAAAGAGAUGGACACAGUCUUCAGACAGCAACUAAAAAAAAAUUAAAAACCGGACAAUUGCUGACUCAUGCAGGAUUACUUUACUAUACUGAAAUACUGCUGAUGCAUCGUCGGACUGACAGCCCAGCAUGAGACCACACUCUGACUUUUUAUUAUUCAAAUUUUUUUUGUCAGACACUCAAAAGCACCAAUAUUUACAGAAAUGACGAAAAACCCACAGUACUGAAAGACUUUAGUGUCAAAUCUGACUGCCCUAUAACAUAAAUUGAUCGUGAAAAUGCUAUAUGGGCCAACUCUACAUGAUAUUAUUACUGAUAAUUUACCUAUCGGAAGAGAACAUCGUUUGGGAUGACAGGCUCCUCAAUUUAACAGUUAGCCACACUCCUGUCAUGUUUGUGUGUUUUUGCAAUAAAAGCUAUAUGUAAUCA